AUGGGAUACAAAUUAAUUGCAAUAAUAUUUUUAGUUCCAUUGUCAAUUGGCAGUGAGAGUGAAGUUCCGCUAAGUACAAGUCAAUUAGAACAAAAAUUCGGCCAAGGCUAUUCCGUACACCCUUUGACGGUGGAUUGUGUUGUCUCACAAUCUGGCGAGCGAUAUGAUGUAGUGUUACACGCAAAACCUAAUUUUAAUGAAACGUUGAUCAUUGUUCGUGGUUUGGGUUCAUGCAUAAAAUUGGAAUUACAAGAAUUCGCCCGAAUCAUUUUCGUUGAUGAUUACUCCACUUUUUCAUCAAAAGUCGAAGAUCAUGAACCGUUGGCUAUACGACCGAACUAUACCUCAUUCGAAAAUCCUUGGAAGUCUACUUUGAAUCAUCCGCAAACGAAUUGCGCUGAUCCGAAUUCAAACAGCUAUUGCGUUGCUGCCCUAGAAUCGAAGAAUAUAUAUCCUCCAAUUGGAGGAAGUUUGAGAAAUGAACCUGUUGAAAAAGUUAUUCCAUUCGAAUUCCGAGUCAGAGCUGUUUUUGACCGGCCAAGCCAUUAUUUUACUGCUGGCGAUUUAGCUGCUGUGGGUAUGAUAAAUAACAUAUCGUCUGCACACCCACCAUUUCCAUUGCUCACUGAAGACGAUUCGAAUGUUUCCUUUUGUAAUGCGAAUAAUCUGCCGUCGAAUUGUGCACCCGGUGGUGCUGUAAGUCAUCCGAUUCAUUUACAUGGCGUUGGAUUUCAGGUGAUCGAUAUGGGAACCCGUCAACAGUAUGCAAAUGGGCAAACUGGAUUUAGAAAUUCAACCAAAUUACCGGUUGUCAAAGAUACCGUUAUCGUUCCCAGCGGUGGUUUCGUUCGACUGCGCUUCAAAUCUUGCAAUCCAGGCUAUUGGUUCUUCCACUGUCACUUUGAAUAUCACAUGCACGUCGGCAUGCUAGCUAUUAUCAAAGUUGGUAACAAAACAGACAUGAUACCGCCGCCGCCCAAUUUUCCAAAAUGCGGCGAUUACUUACCGCCAGUAUAUUGA